AUGCCAUCGGAAUUCGAGAGAAAUGAAGUGUUGAGAGUAUUGGCCCAUCUGCAUUCAGUGUCAAUGGCCUUGAGAUUGAGGCGAACUCUUCUUUUUACAAAAAUCGCAAAUGAACUACCCGAAGUGUACUACUACGAGAAGAACUGCUCUUGGUAUAAACCGUACCUACAGAGGGCACUGGAAAUAGACAUGGAUGUCUUAGCAACAGACGAAAGUUUUUGCAAUAGUAUUUACUUUGAAAAAUUCAAGAAGAUUGCUUCAGACGAUCCUUAUGGUCAGCUAAUGAAAUUAGUAACGACACGCGGGGAGCACGCCGUCUUCAACCACGGUGACGCUUGGUGUCCAAACUUUCUCUGUUCAGAGAGACGGGCUGUAGCGAUCGAUUUCCAACUGCUCCGGGUGGCGUCCCCGGCAACGGAUUUGUCUUACUUUAUACUGCUAUGCGGGAACUCGUGCCGAAGCAGGGACGAUUUUGUGAGGGCAAUCGACGUGUACCACUCGCAUUUGUCGUUUUACUUGAGGGAUAUGAACAUAACGGUCGAAGAAGUAUUUACAAAACAAACGUUGUGCAGCGAACUAAAGACGUACGGAAAGUUCGGACUACUGGCAGCCGCUACAUCCAUACCGCUGUUGGCAAGCGACAGAUGCGACGUGUUGAAGGCAUUCGAGUCAGAGUACGCUGAUCUGGAGAGAAUACCACUCGAGGAACUUUGGAAAUUAACACCUAUCGAAGAUAACAGAGCGAAGGAGUGCUUAUUUAACGCCGUCCGUGUCGCGGUGGACGUUGGUCUUAUU